AUGUCUUCGCUUAUACUUAGUCACAAAGAACGUGCAGAAGGACCGUGGGUUAAACUACAAUCAGAACCAACACUUUUUACCUCUUUGAUGUAUAGCUUGGGGGUUAAAGGAGCUAAGGCAACUGAAGUAUUUGUUCUUGACCAACAAGAUAAUUUCGAUGACCUCGGGGAAAUAUAUGGAUUAGUCUUUCUUUUUAAGAUGAUAGGUGAUGUGUCAGGUGACGUAAAAGGUUUGCAUAGAGAUGUUAAGUAUGAACCUAUCAACGAACUUCCAAAGAAUGUAUACUUUGCAAAUCAAGUUGUGGAAAAUGCAUGCGCAACAUUGGCAGUGUUGAAUAUCGUAUUGAAUUGUCCACGACUGGAAAUCGGUCAAGAACUAAAGGAAUUUAAAGAAUUCACAUGGGAGCUUCCACCAGCCGCAAACGCGUGGAUUUGCAAUCACAAAUCACCCAAAUUUUCGUCAAAUUCACAAUUCGAUGUCAAGGCGAGUGAUGUUUUAUAUAAACAUCCUGAGGAAGCAUUGGUCGUUGAAGAAGUGGUGAUCACGAAAAAGGGAAGAGGGAAGAAAAUCAUUGAUGAGGCCGUCGGUGAAGCAUAUCAUUAUAUUGCUUAUGUUCCUGUAGAUGGAGAAGCAUGGCAGUUAGAUGGUUUAUACCCGCAUCCUGUUAGUUUAGGAAAGUAUUCGAAUGAAAAAAAAUGGUACGAAGCAGCUCGUGGUGCGAUCAAUGAACGUAUUAAUGGAUUUUUUGUGGAACAGAUAGAAUAUGUUCUUCUAGCUAUAACUAAAGAUGAAUUAGGUACCCAUCAAGACAGAAUCAAAGAUUGUAUGUACGUCAAAAGACUUGCAGAAAAUAAAUUAGAUAAGCUCAAUAGUUCUUGGAGAGAAGAUGGCAUUAAGGACAUCGAUCUGCCUUUCACCAAAGAUGAUGAAACAAGCAUCAUAAGUAGAGGAAAUUAUGUAACUGACUUCGAAAAUUUGACGUCGUUUUACGAUGACAUUGAAAGGAUCAAAGAAUUACGAACAAAGAUGAUUAAUACAAUUCAAUCUUUGCUUGAAGAAGUUGAUAUAGAAAAAAAGCGGAAAGAAGUUGCAAAAGAACGAAGAACAUUUGACUAUGGUCCAUUUUUUCGUGAGUUUAUUUCAAUCCUCCACGAGCGAGGCGAAUUAAAAAAAUUACUUGAUGCAGCAGAGGAUAUGGACGAGAGGGAUGAAUAU